UUUAUGAAUCUCCUUCAAUCUCAAUUUCUUCUUCCCAAAACCACAUAGAUCAGAUUCAAACUCCCAUUUUUCUCCUUCUCUCUCUCUACAAUGGAUCCAAAAUCUUCUUACAAAUUCACUUUUCUAUUACUUCUGUCACUCUUUCUGCAUUCUAAGGUUGCCGAUGGAACCUCUUCAGUGUAUUUCAUCGAUAACCCAUCUCACCGUUACUUCCGUUCUCCAUCUUCCGAUGCUUCUUCUAAGAUAAGUUCCUUGUCUCUUUCCGAUGUUGGUGCUACUGUAUCAGUCUUGCUUGGUUUUGCACCUCCUGCUACUCUUUCCUCUGCUAGUUCAUCGAAGUUGAAUGAGGUUCUUGUACCAAAUCCAUUUGAUAGGCCGGGUUCUGUCCUCAUCCUAGAAGUUACAGGAGCUGAAGGUGUUGCUUUUGAGGCCCUUAGGAGCAAUGUAGCAAACGAAAAUAGAGCUGACAUUCAACUUCCAGAUGCAGAUAAAGUUUCUCUUUUUUCAUUGGAUGAACCAAAAACAGAUGCUGAAUAUUCAGACAAAGAACUAAGUGAAUUUGCAUCAUGGUUGAGUGGUUCAUAUGUGAAUGGAGAGCUGACAAUCCCCUUGGAGGAUGGCGCUAAUUUGAAAUUUCAAUUGUCAAAGGAAGAAGAUAGGGACUUUGUAACAAGUCUUGUUUCACUCACCCAUAAGAUUCAAAGAGCAAUGGAGACGCACCAAGAUUUGUCUGGAGCUGUGCACCAUCCAUCUGAGCUAAUUUCUGGAAAAUUUGAUGGCCUUAAGGCUCUCAAAGAGCAGUAUGGAGCAGAAGGUGUUGUGGAAGGAGCUAAAUUGUUUAGUAUUGUGAUGUCGAAGAUGUUUGAUUCCUUAACUGAAGCCUAUAAAGGUCAAAUUGUUGGAGUCAUUGUCUGCAAUGAAACACCUUCAGUAGCUGAGCCAUUAUUCAACGUUGUUUUCACUUCUCAACCAUCUGCCCGCUGGCUGGAGGAAACACAAACUUCACCCAAUUCAACUGCUGUUGAAGAAGUUAUAUUGGUUAGACGAACUGUUGCAUGGAUUACAGGACUCUUGCUUAUAAUUGCCACUCUAUUAGGAAUCUACUUUCUCCUCAACAUGCCACUCACAAGGGACACCCUUCUCUAUUCUAACGUGAAGCUCGACUAGAAUUAUACAGCUGCAUUAAACGUCGUGACAUCAAUGGUGCAAUCUGCCCCAUGAUAUUGUACAAUUGUGAUGCUCAUUUCCUGUUUAAAUUAUACUGCCAUUGUCAUCAACUUAUAGCUGUUAAUAAAGCUGGUUUUGCCUACCGGGGGUUUUCACGACAUGUUUGUAGCUUUAUAUAUGGUGAAUUAUUCAUGGAAGCAAAUGAGUAGGAGCUGUUGUAGCGAAAACGAGUUGAGAAAACAGAUUAUGUUUUUGCUAUUGUGUAUUCAUUUAGGUUUUGGUAUAUGAUGUUUUGAUUUGUUGUAUUCAAAACCAAAAUAUUGGAAAGUAUGGGCUACUAUUAUAUUUUUGUCAUGAAUAAAAUUUCGAAUUUGAGUCA